AUGUCCAGUGUCACAGAAUCCUCUAUUACCGAUGACGCUGAAUUUCAAGCUGGCAUCCAGGCAAUUGUAAGUAAUCUUCGUGCACAAGGUGCCUCUGAAGAGGAUAUCGAGGAUACUAUUGCGCAAGCGAGGUCGUUUUACAUGGAGCGAAAGUCAAAUGAGCGUAUGUCGGAAUCAUCAUCGGCUGUCAUGGAGGGUAUUUCAGCUACGGAAUCCUCAACAGACAGUUCACACAUGACAAGCGACAACCAGCCCAGUUACGAUGGCGAUAAGGAAAAGUACCCAAGUUCUUUUAGUGCCAUCGUUGAACUUAUUGCCACUGGACGAGAGGACCAACUCACCAAUAUCCGUGAUAUCCCCCUCAAAAUCAACGAGGAGCCGCCUAGUGAGUCGAAGAUGGAGCGACCCAAGAAGCCAUGGGAGCAGGCAUAA